GGGGGAGUGUGAGUUUCUUGGCCCCGUUGGCAGGUGUGAGCCUUCUCAAAGGCCCCAUAGUCCUCCACUUCCUGAGGAGGCAGCGGCGGAACAAAGCCAGCAGACUCCUUUGCUCUUCUGUGCCCCAGCCAUGGCUGCCACAGCCUCGGCGUCCUGGCACCAACCUGGGGGAAAGGACAAGAUGACGCGGAAGGCGCUGGUGAUCAUGGCCUUGCUGCAGGCACAGCUCCCAGUUACAGGGGCGCAGAGUUUUGGCCUGCUGGACCCCAAACUGUGCUACCUGCUGGACGGCCUCCUCUUCAUCUAUGGCCUUGUCAUCACGGCCCUGUUCCUGAGAGCAAAGUUCGGCAGGAGCGCGGCCGUCCCCGAGGACCAGCAGGGCCCCAACCAGCUGUACAACGAGCUCAAUCUAAGAGGAAGAGAGGAGUAUGAGGUUUUGGAUAAGAGACGAGGCCUGGACCCUGAGAUGGGAGGAAAACAGGUAGGGUAUUCCUCUCCGCCUGUGUGUGUGAGUGCGCGUGUGCUCAGCAGGACAGUCAGGAGAGGGCUCCUCGGAGCCCGUGCACUCUACCAGCACACUCUGUCCUAACAUGCAAGGGACCUGGGGCCUGGGGACAGUCGGAGCCCCAUUGUUUCCAUCCCCUUCUCUUCCUUCCCCCUGGGCUCCAUUCUGCAUCGCAGGGACCUCCCAUACAUGAAUGUGGCACUCUUGCCCUCGAGACCAAGUUCCACCCA